AUGAAGUUCACCCCUAGCAUAGUUAUUGAUGCUCCGCAAUAUUAUGUUGAUCAUUUUAAUGGCAAGUAUAACGUGGAUAAAUGUGUUAUUUUAAGAGACCUGCAGCUAGAAACGGAUUCAGAAUCCAUGCCAUCCAGCUUAAAGCAUUUGACCAAACCUACGCACAUCUUGGAUUUGACAAACAAUGACCUUAUCAUGAUUCCAGAUCUAUCAAGAAGAGACGAUAUACAUACAUUACUGUUGGGCCGAAACAAUAUCGUUGAAGUAGACGGUCGCCUAUUGCCUAUGAAUGUACAGAACCUUACAUUAUCGAAUAACAGCAUAAGAAGGUUUGAAGAUCUUCAAAGGUUGCGUAGAGCGCCCAGGACGUUGAAGAAUCUAACUUUAAUAGGGAAUCAAGUAUGUCAUUUAGCCAAUUAUAGAGAACAUGUACUUCGAUUAGUACCGCAUUUAGAGACUUUAGACUUUCAAAACGUAACAGCUGAGGAAAGAAAGAGCGCAAUGAGCUUUCCAAGGCAGGCGGACGGCGAUACGUUGGGCCCAGUAAAUACUGCAAUAAGAGAUAAUGGAUCCAGAGAUAAAACGAUGGAGAUCAUGAAUUUGGUGGUGAGUAAGAUGACAGUAGAGAGAAGAAAUGAAUUGAAAAAGCAGUUAGCAGAAGCUACUUCUUUAGAAGAGAUUGCCAGGCUGGAAAAACUACUCUCUGGUGGUGUUUAA